AUGAUAUUCCAACCAAGCCUAGACUCCGAGGUUUCGAAUUCAAGCGCAAAAGUUGACCCCGCUGUCGCUGCUAAACUUCCAUGCGGUGCCAAAGUCGUGUCAACAGAGAAUCAUGGCUUCAGCUUCCGAGCCACAACCGGGCGCAUUGAUGUUGAGCUGGUGGACGGGUCGCCUCAGAGAUUCUUUAUGAAAGUUCUAUUAGAGGAGAGAGGAAAAGCGAUGGUUCAGGGCGAGUAUGAGUCUAUGACCGCAAUUUACAAUAUCAUCCCUGAAUCUGUUCCGAAGCCGAUCGGUUGGGGUACAUAUGAGACAAUACCGAACACACACUUUUUCCUAUGUGAAUUCAAGGAUAUUGAUCAAGAGUUGCCAGAUGUGCGCAAGUUUACCGAAGAUCUCGCAGUCCUGCAUAAGGACAGCAGAUCACCUACUGGAAAGUUUGGAUUCCACGUUACUACCUACAGCGGUAACCUGUCACAACACACUGAAUGGUCGGAUAGCUGGGAGACCUUUUUUGCGAAAUCAAUGAGACAUGCACUCGCGCAUGAAAUUUCAACUCGGGGACCCAGCGAAGAUGUCGAAAUUUUGAGUCCCACCAUAUUUGAUAUAGUGAUUCCACGUUUGCUGCGACCACUCGAAAGUGAAGGUCGAUCUGUCAAACCCUGUCUGAUGCACGGUGAUUUAUGGUAUGGAAACACUGGAAAGAAUGCCAUUACAAAAAGUCCUAUCAUGUUUGACGCCUGCUCUUUCUAUGCCCAUAAUGAAUAUGAACUUGGGCAAUGGGCGCCAGUUUGCAACCGGUUUGGUACCGAGUAUGUUCAAGGGUAUUAUUCACAAUUGCCCAUAUCAUCUCCAGUGGAGGACUACCAAGGUCGCAUCGAUCUCUAUAAAUUACGGUUUAACACACAUGUCUCGGCCCUCUUUCCUCAAAAUCUAGAUCUUCGAGAACAAAUGCUCAACGAUAUGAGAGACUUGAUCGCUAGAUAUGGCAAUAUAUCUAAAUAG